ACGCGCCUCUCAUUCUGAGACAAGCACAGGCACAUGAAACAUGGCUGAGGAGACACAUACCGGUCAUUCCCCUGAGUUAGACUGCGCUCGAGAGCACGGGAUGAAUCUACAUAAGCGCCAUUCGCGAGUUACUGUUAAAUACAACCGCAAACAGCUUCAGAAAAGGCUGGACGUGGAGAAAUGGAUCGACGAAGCGCUUGACAAACUCUAUGAGGGCAAGGUUGAGGACAUGCCAGAGGAGGUGAACAUUGAUGAUUUAUUAGAUCUCCCGAGUGAUGAAGCACGAACACACAGACUACAGGCUCUUCUGCAAAGCUGCAGCAGUAACACUGAGGCCUUCAUUGCUGAGCUGCUGCAAAAGCUGCAUGGUCUCCACAAACAGGAAGAACUACAGAAUGAAGGAAUUGAGCAUCCCUGCCAUCACACGUACCCCCAUCAUCACGGAAACAUGCACCAUCAUAGAGACAACCAUCACCAUCCAGCACAUCAGACACUGUGACUGCACUGGACUGAGUUCCCUAACACAGACUCAGGACAUCUGCACAUCACCUCCAACUAGUUUAGUAACUGUGAGAGUAGAUUUGUGUUUACAAACUCAUAUGGGUGGUACAUUAACACGUGGUCCAUUGUAAAAUUGCUAUAACUGUUGGCGAGUAAGUAUAUACUAGAACCUUUACUAUGUUUGCAGAUUUCUGGUUGACAGGGUUGAGAGUGAUUGGUGAAUCUAUCAGUAUGCAUGUUUAUAUGUGAAGGUUAAUCUGCUGAACAGAGUUGUCUUUUGAAGUCUUUGUGCCUGCUAAUUCACAAUAAUAAACACAGUAGCAAUCAGAAAAGUACCUUAUCUAAGCAGUUGUUAUAUAUGUGAAGGUGUUAAGUUUAAUAAUGUUUAUAAAUGAGUGGAUUAUUUGAAACUUUAAUAAAAGUAACCGUUGAUUUG